CUUUCUCCUAAUUGUUUUGUUCGCUUUGGGCGUUCAAGAGGCUUGUAGAUUACCAGCAUUGUAUAUAAAGUAGAUCUGAUUAUUGAGAGAUCGUUAUACUUGCCACCAUGUGCGGACCGCUAACUUCAGGCCUCUCCUAUGUGCCAGAGCGGUAUAUGAUGGUCCUUCUGGGCUUCCUGUUGACCAUCAUCAGCUCCACGAUGAAGUAUGCCAUCGGCAUAGCCAUCACGGAGAUGGUGGUACCACACGCGGCCGUCCAUCACACCAGGGCUGGUGACUUGUACGACUGCCCUUUCCCUAACAAUACCUUAUUCAACCCUUCAACUGAUGUUCAGUAUUAUCACUCUAAGGCGGUGGAGCUGUUCGACUGGAGUGAGAAGACACAGGGGUUGAUCUUUGGAUCCCUCUACUGGAGCUAUAUGCCCCUGCAGACACCGAUGGGGGUUGCAGUGGAACGUCUGGGGGUCAGAUACUUGCUUGGGGGUGGAAUGCUGUUGGCCAGCCUCUGCUACCUACUCACCCCCAUAGCUGUCAUCAACUAUGGAGCUGUGGGCUUCAUUGUCACCCGCGUCAUCAUGGGUGUGGGAUUGGCACCCGCGUAUCCAAGCUUGAACGUGAUUCUGGCCAAAUGGGCUCCGCCAAAAGAGAAGAGCAAAUUGGCAGCUAUUAUAUACGCAGGUGAGAAUCUCGGGUUCAUAUUUUCGAUGGCGAUGAGUGGACUGAUCCUGGGUAGCGCCAAGGGCAAUUGGCCGGUCCUCUUCUACGUAUACGGUGCCGUUAGCGUGGCUUGGCUCAUCCUCUGGGCAUUCUUCGGGUACGACGACCCCGCCACCCACCCUUUCAUAUCCGCCGAGGAGAGGGUCUACCUGGAGGAUUGCAUGCCUCACAACGUCACUAAGGAAGAAUUGCCUCCGACUCCGUGGCUGGACAUGGCGAAGUCACUGCCUCUGUGGGGAGUGUUGAUCGCUCAAAUCGGCCACGACUGGGGCAUUAUCACCAUAGUGACCGAACUGCCGAGAUACAUGAAACAAGUGCUCCAUUACGAAAUUGAGGCCAACGGACUACUAAACGCCAUUCCUUACGUCGCCAUGACUGUGGUUGCCGUGGUCUCCGGUUGGGUCAGUGACUGGAUACUCCAUAAGAACAUCAUGUCUAUCACCACUGUGAGGAAGGUCUUCAACUCUAUCUCGGCUGCUGGACCUGCGCUCGGGAUCGUGGCAGCGAUGCACGCUGGCUGCGACAGCACCAUGGUGGUACUCAUGUUCACCCUCGGUAUGGCUCUCAUGGGCUUCUUCUACUCUAGUUUGGCGGUCAAUACUCUAGACCUCAGCCCCAACUACUCUGGUACACUCAUGGGUAUCCUUGCGUUUGGCGGGCUGGGUGGUAUCAUCUCUCCGUACCUUGCUGGCAUUAUGGCUCCUGAGGGAACAAUGGACCAGUGGCGAGGGGUGUUCUGGGUUGCCAUUUGUGUGCUGAUGGUUACCAACACAUUCUUCCUGGUCGUUGGCAGUGGUGAGGUCCAGCAUUGGAACCAGCCCAGAGACGACAAACACAGGGAGUCGCGCAAAGAGAUCCUUCAUGACUGGCCGCGCAACAGCCCGAAGGUUUGACGGAGAAAACUAGAUCAAUGGAUGGCGUCUGUCGAGGAAUACUCACAAAAUAUCUCAUUACCUAGACUGAUAAGAGUUGCAAGUUUACCUUAGUCCUUAUAUAAUAUAAGCGUGUAUAUUUUAAGUUUUUUUAACUAGAUCUAAAAUACUGUAUGCAUGUGUUAAUAUCUAGAUAGUUUUUAUACUUUGACUUGUACAAAUAUGUAGCAUCUUUUACAAAGGUUGUUGGUCUGUAAUCAUAAAGUUAGUAAAUAUGUCUUUAAUGUUUUAUUUAUCUUGUGUUUUGCAAUUAUGUAAUAACUUGUUAAUUUUAUGUUUGUAAAUAAAGACUUAUAAAAUAUAGACUGA